CUAAAGAAACGCCCUGUUGUCUUGACUGGGUUCAUCGCUGGCUACUGAGGCUACGCUACAACUUAUUGUCACUAUUCCCCCUUUUCACUUUAUUUUUCUUGAGAAGUACUUUUGUUUUAAGUAAAAUGGGAGCGUGUAUGGCACUGUGUUCACUUGCCAGCUGUGCAUCUUGUUUGUGUGGCUCGGCGCCCUGUCUCCUGUCAGGAUGCUGUCCUUCCACGUACAACUCUGUGGUGUCCCGUCUUGCCUUCUCCUUCCUCCUGCUGCUCGGCACGCUGGUCUCUGUCAUCAUGAUCCUACCAGGCAUGGAGGCCCAGCUCAAGAAGAUUCCAGGGUUCUGUGUGGAUGGGGCUGGCACUUCCAUACCUGGGAUAGAAGGCAAGGUGAACUGUGACAUCAUCGUGGGUUACAAGUCGGUUUACCGCAUGUGCUUCGCAAUGGCUUGUUUCUUCUUCCUCUUCUCUGUCAUCAUGAUCCGUGUGCGCAGCAGCAAAGACCCUCGAGCCUCCAUCCAGAACGGAUUCUGGUUUUUCAAAUUCCUCAUACUGGUUGGAAUUACUGUGGGAGCCUUCUUCAUUCCAGAUGGCAUCUUCAACACAGUGUGGUUCUACUUUGGUGUGGUGGGUUCCUUCGUGUUCAUCAUCAUCCAGCUUAUCCUUCUGAUAGACUUCGCUCAUACUUGGAACCAGUCCUGGCUGGAGAAGGCAGAGGAGGGCAACUCCAAGUGCUGGUUUGCAGCGCUCCUGUCAUUCACCAUAGUGCACUAUGCCCUGGCCUUUGCUGCCAUGGUACUGUUCUAUGUGUACUACACACUGCCUGAUGACUGCACAGAGCACAAGGUCUUCAUCAGCCUCAACCUCAUCUUCUGCCUUGUCGUCUCCAUCGUCGCCAUCCUGCCCAAAGUCCAGGAGUCCCAGCCGAGUUCGGGUCUGCUUCAGGCCUCUAUGAUCACCCUCUACACCAUGUAUGUCACCUGGUCCGCCAUGACUAACAAUCCCAAUCGCAAGUGUAACCCCAGUCUGCUGGAUCUGGUCAGUCAAGGACCCACCGCCACUCCUCCCCCUGCCCCCGCUGUCAAAGAGAACGUGCAGUGGUGGGAUGCCCAGAGUGUUGUGGGAUUGCUCAUAUUCUUCUUCUGCACGCUCUAUGCCAGCAUCCGUUCGUCCAACAACACACAGGUGAACAAGCUGAUGCAGACAGAGGAGGGCCAGGGAUUGGCUGCAGACUAUGAGGCCGCCAACGGUGAGGACGGGGUCAGACGGGCCGUGGACAACGAAGAGGACGGGGUCACCUACAACUACUCCUUCUUCCACUUCAGCCUCUGCCUGGCCUCGCUCUACAUCAUGAUGACCCUCACCAACUGGUACAAGCCAGAAACAGACUACCAGGCCAUGCAGAGCACCAUGCCUGCUGUGUGGGUGAAGAUCAGCUCCAGCUGGCUAGGUCUGGCACUCUACCUGUGGACCCUAGUGGCACCCCUUAUACUCCCAGACCGUGAAUUCAACUAGUCUCCAGGUUUUGUCCCUCUUGAAGGAAUUGUAUCGUUAUGUAGGCAAUAAGUUUGGUUUUGUAUUUUACCCUAUUGUCUUACACUUUUAAUAUUUCAGGUAUCAAUGGGCUUUGCACUAUACACUACCUUAAAAUGUCACUAUGGGGACAUUGACGAUGGGCGAAGAUAUCAAAUCCAGUUUUAUAUGUUUUUCUCUAAAUAUCAGGACACUUGCAAUAAUGUUUGUGUGCUUAGAUUAAAUGCUUUUAGGUCUUUUGUUAGAAUCAGUAAGUUCAUGUUACAAUAUCGCAUUUUAUUUUUUUACCAUUUGGAAAAGUGCUUUUGUGUUUGUAAUACAGUCCUACUUUUGUAGGUCUAUAUAGCAAGUGAUUUAAGUUUUUAUAUCUUUUUACACUGAAACUUUCAUGUUUCUUCUUUUUGAGAACACGCUUAUACUGGUAUGGUAUAUAUCUUAGAAUGGUCUUGUUUGCUUGAGUAUAAAAGUCAAGAAUUAGUUGUGCCCUGUAGGUGGGACUGUUGUUCUUUAAAACCCAUCCACCCCUUUCACAUACAGUAUAAUAAAGAUAUAAAAGACCCAUCUUGACAACA